CCUAAUUUCCGGAUAACAUUUUUAACAGUAGAUUAUAAAGUGAUACACUCAAAAAUUGAAAUAAAUGGAUUAUUAAAUAUUUUUUUCUUAUGAUAAUGACAUUUACUGAACCAGUGUCUGUUCAUUUAAUAUGGUGGUAUUAUUUAUUCUGGAUGUGAUGAAAGCGCUUUACAAAUGGAUACGGAAAUAGAGGUGAUCUCAAUGGAGGACGAAAAAUUGCAUACGCGCGAAAACGGAUGCGUCGACUCGAAACACCAUCCGGUGCGGUCAAAAGCGGAAGACGAACCCGGAGUCGGCUCCGAGUGUCCUCUCAUUUAUAAGAUCAGUGAUCGACCGCCAGCUCACCUGAUUUUCUUCUUUGGUUUUCAGCAAGCUGUGAUCUCUAUCGCGCACCAGCUGGUCGUGUCCCUGCUGGUGGCGGAAGUUGUCUGCGCGUCCAAUGACAGCGCCCUAAAGGCGCGUCUUCUAAGCUCCACCCUCUUCAUGACGGGCUUUACCACGUUGUUAAUGGUUACCAUCGGCUCAAGAUUGCCCCUGUUUCAAGGGGCCGCGAUAGAAUACCUCUCCCCUUUACUAAUGUUGGGGGCAGUAGACUCUACAUUCUGCGCUACUGAUACUAAACGCGCAUGCGUACAUUCGGCCAAUCAGGCAGUGAUGAACGUGAGUGUCUUCGACAGGGUCUCCAACGCAACUACGCUGAUGACGUCACUGUUUAAUAAUACGUCAAUAUCGGAUUACGAGCGAUCGAUAAAUGCGAUUACGUCGCUCCAAGGCUCCUUAAUGGUUGCCGGUGCCCUGCACACGUUCGUAGGGUUCACGGGGCUCGUAGGGGUCAUGCUGCGGUUCGUAGGGCCCAUGACCAUCAUACCUGCCGUCCUGCUGAUCGGGCUCUACAUGAUCAAGGCCACCGCGAAGUUCGUCUUCGUCAACUGGAUCGUCGCUGUCAUUACGGCCAGUGUGACCUUAUUUCUAUCGCUGUACCUGGGCCGGAAAAAGACCCCUAUUCCAAGCUGGUCCCGCGCCAAGGGCUUCCAUAUCGUCUGGUACCCGCUUCACCAAGUAUUUUCCAUUUUGAUUGGUAUGAUCGUGGGCACGGUGGUGUGUGCGUUCUUCACGGCGUAUAACGUGGUCCCUAACGACCCCUGCAACCCCCACUUCCGGACGCGAACGGACGCACGAAUCGAGGCCAUGGAGAAAUCGGACUGGUUGACAUUCCCUUACCCUGGUCAGUUUGGCGCCAUUGGAUUUAGCUCGAACGCUCUGGUGGGCUGCCUCCUCGCUACCGUGCUCUCAAUCCUCGAUUCCGUGGGCGACUAUUUCGCGUGUGCACGUGCGUGUCACGUGCCCCCGCCGCCGCGCCACGCCGUCAACCGCGGUCUGGCGGUAGAGGGAGUAUGCACGCUCCUCUCGGGCGCCGUUGGGUGCGGUCACGCCACCACCACUUACGCCGGAAAUAUAGGGGCGAUGGGGCUAACAAAGGUCGCCUCCCGCUGGGUGUUCGUCAUGGUAGGCGUCAUCUACAUGGCCAUCGGGCUGCUAGGCAAGCUUUCGGCCCUGUUCAUCAUGAUCCCGGAACCCGUCCUAGGUGGCGCCCUGCUCUCCAUUACCGCCGUUUUCAUAGGUGUAAUACUCUCGAACCUCACCGAGAUUUCUUUGCACAGCACGCGCAAUUUGGCGAUUCUGGGUCUUUCCCUGACGGUGGGCAUUAUGGUCCCUCACUUUGUGGAGACCAAUCCGGACAUCAUCAAAACAGAUAACGUUGCUUUGAGUAACUUUCUGAAGAUGUUUUUCGGUAAUGCCAACUUCGCUGGAGCGCUGUGUGCUUUUAUUCUGGACAACACUGUACCAGGGACCAAAAAAGAGCGAGGCAUUCUCGCUUGGAGCGGUGUUAAAUCGGAUGCCAGCAUAACCAAGAAGUAUUCCGAGGGCUACGAACUAUACAAUCCAUGGAUGCCGUCAGAGAUGAGAAAAUCAAGAUGGCUGAAAUUCAUUCCUUUCCUUCCAGAACCGGAAACGGACAUGACGUCAUUGAAAGUGAAUAACAAAAUCGAACACGAGCAAACGGAAUUUUUGUGAUGUGGAUUUGAAUACUGCUUUGCCAUAAUUGCAUUUGCCAUAGCAUUGCCUAGAUAUGUAGGUUUAUAUGCCUCAAGAAAAGGUUGCAUAUUGUAUGUUUUCAGUUUACUGAAGUAUUAAUUGCAUUAAGUGUGACGAUUAUUUGGGGUUGAUAUUUACUGUCUCUAGUAUACUCUAACCAAUAUUGAAAACACAAGAUGGUGUCUAUUAAAUGUAUUGGGUGGGAACACGUGUAUCAAAUUAUUAAUCCACCGUUACAUCACAUCACAUAAACAUAGUGAGAAAACACUGUAUGGAACCAAGCACUCGUUAAGAAUUCCAAGUUUUCCCCAUGCUAUAUACAUCUCACACCAAAUUAAUUGUUUGAUAAUACGAAACAUACCAGAAUACCAUAAUUCUUUUAAUGAAACAAUUUUAAUAACUGUGAAAAAACGUUUUGUCUCUUAGGGAUACAUUUGAAAUAUUUUUUAUUUUUUCUCAACUACUUUGGAUUUUUUAUGUAUUGAAAACGUACCUUUUUCGGGUAACAGGUUUAGACAUUUUGAUCAUGUUGUUUAUAAGUAUUUUUUGUAUCUUUAUUAAAAUAAAUUACUACAUAUAACAGCACAUAGAUGAUAGAAGGGAUAUCAACCACGCUCUUUAAAAUAUAUGUACCUAUAGACACUGCUGAAAAGAAGUACUGACAAACGAGAUCUGACAUUGAGGAAGCAUUUGAGCUGUUUUUUCGUGGAAUUGACAUGUAACGAUGUGUGUACAUAGACGAUGUUCAGAUAUGUUUUAUUUAAUUUGAUAUGGGAUUUCAUGUUCUUUUAUCCAUUGCAAUGUGUUAUGACAUUUUUGUACUAGUUUGUUUUUUAAGCGUGGCGGUAAUUUGUUUUUUAGGCGGUGUGGUCGUAUAUGGUUUGUCUGAAAUAGAGCGUUGAAAGUCUGAAAAAAACUUCUAUUGAUUUCAAUAGAACAUAAUAUAUAUUUAUUUUCAACCGGGGCUUUGGUGAUUGUAUGGUUAAAUGUGUAUUCCAAACGUAAAGUUGAGGUAUGUGGCAUUAUGGAAAGCAGUUUAAGUUUUCUACAAAACAAGAAAUGUUAUUAUCUCAUUGUUUAAUAAAAAAUGUGGUUAAAAUCUCAGUUCGUUUUUAUGCCCCCCCCCCCUUCGAAGAAAAGGGGGUAUAUUGUUUUGCACAUGUCGGUCGGUCCGUCGGUCUGUCUGUCGGUCGGUCCGUCCACCAGAUGGUUUCCGGAUGAUAACUCAAGAACGCUUAGGCCUUUGAUCAUGAAACUUCAUAGGUACAUUGAUCAUGACUGGCAGAUGACCUCUAUUGAUUUUCAGGUCACUAGGUCAAAGGUCAAGGUCACAGUGACUCGAAAUAGUAAAAUGGUUUCCGGAUGAUAACUCAAGAAUGCUUACGGCUAGGAUCAUGAAACUUCAAAGGUACAUUGAUCAUGACUGGCAGAUGACCCCUAUCAAUGUUCAUGUCACUAGGUCAAAGGUCAAGUUCACAGUGACUCGAAACAGUAAAAUAGUUUCCUGAUGAUAACUCAAGAAUAAUUAGGCCUAGGAUCAUGAAACUUCAUAGGUACAUUGUUCAUGACUGGCAGAUGACCCAUAUUGAUUUUCAGGUCACUAGAUCAAAGGUCAAGGUCACAGUGACAAAAAACGGAUUCACACAAUGGCUGCUAACACAACUGACAGCCCAUAUGGGGGGCAUGCAUGCUUUACAAACAACCCUUGUUAAGAACAGUGAUACAUGUACUUCUACGCUGAACUAUGUAUAGGAAUAUGUGUGUAAAUAUGUAUCAGGUGUCUUUCAAUGUAUAUUAUGUUGACAGGAUCUCUGACAAAUUUCAAUUAUUGACUAUACAUGUUAUUACCAUUGAAAUUUAAAAAUAUGAAUAUUACACUUUGCUCUUGUAAUUCUGUAAAAUAUGUGUCGAUUUUGUUUUAAUUUUAAUUCGAUUUAUGCAUACAAGCAAAAAUAUGCUUGGGAAAUAAAAUAAUAUGCUCUA